CGGCCGGCCUCGCGGGUGCUGAUGUGUCGGGAAGGCGGGACUUAGGGGAGUUUUCCAUCGCGACGCCACCUACUCGGACGCUGUCGCUGUGGCCGACCUACCUCCCCGAGGCCAUGGCGGUAUCCGCUAGGUCUGCGCGGUCCCCGCCCGACUCAGAUAAAGUACAGAAAGAUAAGGCUGGACAGACCUCAGGGCGCCGUCAGGGCAGCCGAAUGGGGAAGCUCUUGGGUUUUGAGUGGACAGAUGUGUCCAGCUGGGGGAGGCUGGUGACCCUGCUGAAUAGACCUACGGAUCCUGCAAGCCUGGCAGUCUUCCGUUUUCUCUUUGGGCUGAUGAUGGUGCUGGACAUUCCCCAGGAGCGGGGGCUCAGCUCCCUGGACAGAAGAUACCUGGAUGGGCUGGAGGUGUGCCGCUUCCCGUUGCUGGACGCCCUGCAGCCACUGCCCCUUGACUGGAUGUAUCUGGUCUACACCAUCAUGUUUCUGGGGGCACUGGGCAUGAUGCUGGGCCUGUGUUACCGGAUAAGCUGUGUGUUGUUCCUGCUGCCAUACUGGUAUGUGUUUCUUCUGGACAAGACAUCGUGGAACAACCACUCCUAUCUGUUUGGUUUGUUGGCCUUUCAGCUGACGUUCAUGGAUGCAAACCGCUACUGGUCUGUGGACGGCCUGCUGAACGCCCAGAAGCGGAACGCCCACGUGCCCCUCUGGAACUAUGCUGUGCUGCGUGGCCAGAUCUUCAUCGUGUAUUUCAUCGCGGGCGUGAAAAAGCUGGACGCAGACUGGGUGGAAGGCUACUCCAUGGAAUACCUGUCCCGGCACUGGCUCUUCAGUCCCUUCAAAUUUGUAUUGUCUGAGGAGAUGACUAGUCUGCUGGUGGUGCACUGGUGCGGACUGCUGCUCGACCUCUCAGCCGGUUUCCUGCUCUUCUUUGAUGCCUCAAGAUCCAUUGGCCUCCUCUUCGUGUCCUACUUCCACUGCAUGAAUUCCCAGCUCUUCAGCAUUGGUAUGUUCCCCUACGUCAUGCUGGCCAGCAGCCCUCUCUUCUGCUCUCCCGAGUGGCCUCGGAAGCUGCUGGCUCACUGCCCGAAAAGGCUGCAAGAACUGCUGCCCCUCAGGGCUGCCCCCCAGCCCAGUGCUUCCUGCGUGUAUAAGAGGAGCCGGGCCAAAGGUGGUCAGAAGCCAGGGCUGCGCCAUCGGCUGGGCGCCGCCUUCACCCUGCUCUACCUCCUGGAGCAGCUCUUCCUGCCCUAUUCUCAUUUCCUCACCCAGGGCUAUAACAACUGGACAAACGGGCUGUACGGCUAUUCCUGGGACAUGAUGGUGCACUCCCGCUCCCACCAGCACGUGAAGAUCACCUACCGUGAUGGCCACACCGGCGAGCUGGGCUACCUCAACCCUGGGGUAUUCACACAGAGCCGGCGUUGGAAGGAUCAUGCGGACAUGCUGAAGCAAUAUGCCACUUGCCUGAGCCGCCUGCUUCCCAAGUACAAUGUCACUGAGCCCCAGAUCUACUUUGAUAUUUGGGUCUCCAUCAAUGACCGCUUCCAGCAGAGGAUUUUUGACCCUCGUGUGGACAUCGUGCAGGCCACCUGGUCCCCCUUCCAGCGUACACCUUGGCUGCAGCCACUGCUGAUGGACCUGUCUCCCUGGAGAACCAAAUUACAGGAAAUCAAGAGCAGCCUGGACAACCACACCGAAGUGGUCUUCAUCGCAGAUUUCCCUGGGCUGCACCUGGAGAACUUUGUGAGCGAAGACCUGGGCAACACUAGCAUCCAGCUGCUGCAGGGAGAGGUGACUGUGGAGCUGGUGGCAGAGCAGAAGAACCAGACUCUUCAGGAGGGAGAAAAAAUGCAGUUGCCUGCUGGUGAGUACCAUAAGGUGUAUACAAUGUCGCCCAGUCCUUCCUGCUACAUGUACAUCUAUGUCAACACUACAGAGCUGGCACUGGAGCAAGACCUGGCAUACCUGCAAGAAUUGAAGGAGAAGGUGGAGAAUGGAAGUGUGAUUCCUCUUUUUGCCCUCUUUCGGGCAGAAACAGAGCCUCUGCCUCCAGAGCUGCAACCUCUGCUGGAAGGGGAAGUCAAAGGGGGCCCUGAGCCAACACCACUGGUUCAGACCUUUCUUAGACGCCAGCAAAGGCUCCAGGAGAUCGAACGCCGGCGAAAUGCCCCUUUCCACGAGCGACUCCUCCGCUUCUUGCUGCGAAAGCUCUAUGUCUUUCGCCGCAGCUUUCUGAUGACAUGUAUCUCACUUCGAAAUCUGGUAUUAGGCCGCCCUUCCCUGGAGCAGCUAGCCCAAGAGGUGACUUAUGCGAACUUGCGACCCUUUGAGCCAGUUGGAGAGCGGAGUCCUUCAAACACAGAUUCUUCAAAUCCUAAUCCUUCUGAGCCAAAUGCUGACGCUGUCCACUCAGAGUUCUGAGGGAGGCCAGAUGUUGGGUGCAGAUGUAGGAGCAGCCAGUCACAAGACCAUUACCUAUGCAGUGGACAUCUGAAAAAAUUACUUCAGAUUUUUUUUUGACAUUUUUCUUCCUUAUCCAUAACUCUGAUAAAUUCAGAGGUGAUAGAUUAGAGGAACCAGGGAAGUAAAGCAAGGAUAAGAUUUAUCAAUCCAAGGUUGAGGGGCUUGGGGAGUUAAAAAACAACGUGAAAAUGUCUUUCUAGGAUGAAAGGGUAAGGAUCAGGGUUAAAGUGACUGGCUCCUUGGUGCAAGAGAUUUAAUAUUCCAUGAUGAAAAUAGUAGCUGGCUGUUCUCAAGUGCUUGCCAUAUGCUAGGCACUGUGUGAAGCACUGUGCCAGCAUUGUUACAUUUAGUCCUUAACGGCCAUAAGCCCUAUUUUAUGGUUGGGGAAACUGAGGCUGAGAAGUAAUAUAAUUUGCUCAUAAGACAUAUACCUAAUAAGGGAUGGACUGAUGGUUUGAACCUCAAGUCUGUUUGACUUAAGGUCCUGCACCCUGCGCUGCUUGUAAUUUUUAGAAUCCUUGACAAUAAUUCUGAAAUAAUGUAGCUUAAAACUUGUCCGGUUAUAAAGUAUGAUUAGGAUGGUGAUCAGGUUUUAAAUGCACAGAGAAUAAUUUUCUCUUCACUGCAGUUUUGGUUCCUUCUUUGUUCCUAUUAUUUAUACAGCCAGUAUGUUUUUCAGUAGCAGUCACGAGCAUAGUUAGAAUAGCACAGAGUUAAACUAAUAACGAAAUUUAGGUGAUUAGUAGUGGUAUUUAUCUACAAAUAAGCUUAGUAGUUAGCAUUAUUCCAGCCUUUAAUGAGCAGGAGGUGAUGUAAAGUAAGAUUAAACCAAACUUGGUGAGGGAUUAGGCAGUGUUUACUGUCACUUUGUAGACUUUGGAUGUAGAAAGUUUGGAUGUAAGAUUUAGGAGGAUCCUCAAUUCUGUGAAAAUUCAAAGGCCUGGCUCUGGGCUAGGAAGUUAGAAUGCAUAGAGUAAUU